AUGGCCGAGCAUAAAGCGAGCAGCGAACUCGAUCUCAAUCACAGCAAAACAUCUCCAUCCCAAGAAAAAGCAGCAAUGCCAUCAUUAACGACGGUUCCUACCUCCAUCACUCUAUCCACUGAACAGUUCGAGAAACUUUACCUCACCCCAUUGAGGCAUCGCCAGCCAGCCUUAACCAAGACAUUCGGAAACCCUACUCCACUCGCCCUGGGUGGCUUCGUGGUCACUACAACACCACUGUCCUGCUGCUUGAUGGCCUGGAGAGGUGCUGGUGGGAAUGGCAUCGCAUUCACAGGACCCAUCAUCUUCCUCGGUGGAAUGUUACUGGUUAUUACUAGUAUUCUGGAGUUCCUCCUGGGGAACACCUUUCCCUGCGUCGUCUUUGGCACUAUCGGAGGAUUCUGGUUCGCCUUCGGCGCAACCCAAACCUCAGCGUUCAAUGCCGCAGCCCCAUAUUCCACCUCAACAACCAACACAAUCGAGGCCUCCAUAGCCCCGAAUUCCUCAAUACAUACGAUACUCAAUUCACCAGCAUUCCUCUUCAUCGCCAUGGCCGUCCUAGUAACAAUCUACAUGAUCUACGCCACCCGCACAAACGCAGUUUACGUCCUCAUUUUCGCCGCCCUCAUCCUCGUCUUCGUCUGUCUCGCCGCCGCAUACUGGCGUCUAGCGGACGGGGAUACCGUCGUUGGGAAUCGUCUCAUCGUGGGAGCCGGCGCUGCGCUGUUCGUGGCUAGCCUCUUGGGGUUUUAUUUGCUCGUUGUGCAGCUGUUUGAGGCUUUGGGCUUUCCAGUUAAUUUGCCUGUAGGGGAUUUGAGUCGGUUUUGGGUGAGGUUUGAGGGGAGGGCCAGGGACAGUGCACGAGAUGUGGAGAUGGUCGGUGAUCUUGGGGAGAAGUCGUGA